AUGCAUCCUUCCCUGUCAGUCUGGGCUCUCGGCCUCCUGCUAACUCUGGCCUUGGGCCAGACAUUCCACUUUCCAGAAAAUGUGUUUCUGCAGUUUCCGGGCUUAGACAAGACGCCUUCACCCGAGAAGUUCCAGCCCGUGCCUUCCAUCUUGAAGAAGAUUGUCCAGGAUCGAGAGGCAGAAGCAGCCGCCGGGGUCGCCCAGGACUUGUGCUAUGUCAAGGAGCUGGGUGUCCGUGGGAACGUGCUCCAACUUCUCGCGGACCGCGGUUUCUUUCUUUACUCCAAGAAACUUUCCCAAGACAACUUUUGCCUACAAAAGCUUCUUUACUUUAACCUCUCUGCCAUCAGCAGAGAGGAACAGCUAACGAUGGCCCGGCUGCGCCUGGACUUGGGGCCCAAUUCUUACUAUAACCUAGGACCAGACCUGGAAGUGUCUCUGUCUGUGGCUCAGGAGCCUCACGUGAGCGGCCGGUCCGUCCCUAAGCCGGGUAGAAGGGUUGCAUUGCAGUCAGUACCACGGCCUCAAGGUGCUCUUCAUUUCAACCUGCUGGACGUGGCUCAGGGUUGGAACAACAACCCGCAGAAGAACCUGGGCUUAUCCCUGGAGAUACUGGUCAGAGAAGACAGAGGUUCUGGGCGUCGUUUUCAGCUUGAGGACACCUGUGCCAGCCUGAGACGUUCCCUUCAUGCUUCUCUGCUGGUGGUGACCCUCAACCCUGCACAGUGCCACCUUUCUUCCCGGAAAAGGAGGGCAGCCAGCCCUGCCCCCAGCCCUGCCUGCAGGAGCCUCUGCCACCGUCACCAGCUAUUCAUCAACUUCCGGGACCUGGGGUGGCAUAAGUGGAUCAUUGCGCCCAGGGGGUUCAUGGCAAAUUACUGCCAUGGGGAGUGUCCUUUCUCGCUGACCACCUCUCUCAACAGCUCCAGCUACGCCUUCAUGCAAGCACUGAUGCGUGCUGUCGACCCGCAGGUCCCCCAGGCUGUCUGUAUCCCCACCAAGCUGUCCCCCAUUUCCAUGCUGUACCAGGACAAUAAUGACAAUGUCAUCCUACGGCAUUAUGAAGACAUGGUGGUUGAUGAAUGUGGGUGUGGGUAG